AUGGAAUAUUUUCAUUACUAUCGUAGUUGGAUGUACGAUAGAACGUAUCCAGGAAGACGUGGACUUAAACCGAACUUUGAGGAAGGAGUUAAAGGGUUUAUCACAUGGGCUUUCGCUCAAGAAUGUUGUCUAAGCGAAGGAGGAGUAAGAUGUCCUUGUCUAAAAUGUGAAUGUAGACCUAUAAUUAGUGACCCGGAGGAAGUAGAACGUCAUUUGAAGAGAAGGGGUUUCAUUAAAAAUUACUGGGUUUGGACAUAUAAUGGAGAACAGUUGCCGAGUAAUGUACAAAGGACUACGACUACACAUGCUUCUAGCAGUCGAUCACAUAUGGAACACCGGGAAGAAUUUAGUUUGAUCAGUGACAUGGUUGGCGAUGCUUUUGGGGUUAACGUGACCUAUGAUGAACCUCAAGACUUCGAUCAGGAAGAGUUGCCGAAUGAGGAAGCUCAAAAAUUUUAUCAAUUGUUGCAAGAAAUGAAUACGCCGUUGUUUGAAGGGUCGUCAGACUCAAAAUUAUCGAUGUGUGUGAGAUUAUUGGCCGCCAAGUCCAAUUGGAAUGUUCCUGACCAGUGUUUGGAAUUCUUUGCAAAAAUGAUGUUGGACGCAACUCCUACGAAAGACAACCUUCCCACAAGUUUUUAUGAUGCAAAGAGGUUGGUGUCGAAAUUGGGUUCAGAGGUAAGAAAGAUUGACUGUUGCACUAAUGGUUGCAUGUUGUUUUACGAUAAUGAGUUUGGUACUAAUGAUGGAUCGUUGGAGGAAUGUAAGUUUUGUAAGAGUCCGAGAUACAAAGUUCGCAGUAAAGCCAUUAACCGUAAGCAAAAACAUGUGGCAGUGAAGUCCAUGUUUUAUCUGCCGAUCAUACCAAGGUUAAAAAGAAUGUUUGCUUCAAUGCAUAGUGCAAGUCAAAUGACAUGGCAUCAUACAAACCAAACAAGUUCGGGCACAAUGCGACAUCCAUCUGAUGGUGCGGCAUGGAAGCACUUCGAUAUGAUACAUCCUGAUUUUGCAGCAGAACCUAGAAAUGUCAGACUUGGACUAUGCUCUGAUGGUUUUACUCCAUAUGUCCAAGCGUCUGGAAGUGGAUAUUCUUGUUGGCCAGUUAUUGUUACCCCUUACAACCUCCCUCCUGAGAUGUGCAUGACAAAACCAUACAUGUUUUUGACUUGCCUCAUUCCAGGUCCAAAGAGUCCAAAAGCUGGAAUAGAUGUGUAUUUACAACCUUUAAUUGAUGAUUUGAAGAGGUUAUGGAUUGGAGAAUGGACUUAUGAUAUAUCUUGCAAACAAAACUUUACUAUGCGAGCAGCCUUGAUGUGGACUAUAAACGACUUUCCCGCAUAUGGCAUGUUGUCCGGUUGGGGGACACAUGGAAAAAUGGGAUGCCCGCAUUGCAUGGAACACUCUCAUGCGUUCACGUUGGAAAAAGGGGGGAAAAGUUCGUGGUUUGACUGUCACCGCAGAUUCCUACCGAAAGAUCAUGUCUUUCGAAUAAAUAAGAAUGACUUCAAAAAAGGCAUAAGAGUAACAGACUUGCCUCCCCCUCGUUUCUCACCUGGUGAAGUAUGGAACCGAGUUAGUGAACUGCCAAAAUUCACAGAUUAUGUUUCUCUCCGAGUAGGCCAGCUGCACAGUGUGUAA